UAAACAUUGUCAAACAAUAAACUAGAAAUAAGUGACUUCUUGGCUCUUAACGUCAAUUAAAUUCAUUAUUCGGAAAACAAGAUUGUUUACAUUUUACUUUUUAAGAUACAUAUACUAAUGUGUUAACUUCACAUAUUUUUUAUUAUUGAAGAUUUAAAAAUGAAAACAUACAAAUUGAUUACAGUUGCAGCCAUAACAUUACUGGCAGUUAUAGAACAGGUUUGCUCAGUAAGAUGCUAUCAGUGCUCAUCGGCAACAGACCAAAAAGGAGUAGACAGUUGUGGUGCUUACAAAAAAUUUAAUAGGUCGGAACACAUUGCUAUUGAAUGUAACAGUGAUGAAUCACAUAUGCCCGGAUCAUUUUGCAUGAAAGUUGUUCAGCAGAGUCCCAAAGGAUUUAUUUGGGAUGGCCGAUGGCGUCAAGUAAUUAGAAGAUGCGCUUCAGUCGCAGAAACUGGUGUUACAGGAGUUUGUAACUGGGGUGUAUAUGAGAAUGGUGUAUUUUGGGAAGAAUGUUAUUGUGCUGAAGACAGCUGUAAUAAUUCAAAUAAAAUAAGAGCAACUUUCGUAUUAAUAUUGACCAUGAUAACUGGGAAAAUAUUUCUUCAUGCUUCUUAAAAACGCUGCUGUAAAAGCACAAAUUUUUAUAAAUGAUAUUAGAUAUUUUUAUAAAAUCAUCCGUCCAAUUAAAAAAAUUAUGUAUAUUAAAACAUGAAUUAAAUGUGUUUAGAAUAAAAAUCGUAACAUUUUUAGAAAAA